AGAGACCAGCUACUGCUCAAUUACAGCUUCCAGACAGCAGAGAGAGACCAGCUACUUAUGAAGUUUGAUAAAUGCUGCAACAAAAAUGAUGUCUGUCCAUCUGGCUGGAGGAGAUUCAGUACAAACUGUUACUACAUUUCCACUGAGGAGAAGACCUGGAGUGACAGCCGACAGGCCUGUAUGCAGAUAGGAGCCGACCUGGCGAUCAUCAGCAGCAGAGAGGAGCAGGACUUUUUUGAAGGUCAGUCUGGAGAUUUCUGGAUUGGUCUCAGUGACAGAGAGAGAGAAGGAACCUGGAAAUGGGUGGAUGGAACAACAAUUCCUGUAGAGAAAGGGUACUGGCGAGCAAAUCCACAGCAGCCUGAUAACUACGGAGGAAAUGAAGACUGUGUGGAGUUCAAUACUGUACAUUCUGUUCCUUUUCAGAGGUGGAACGACCGUCCAUGUGAUGAUAAUAUAAAAUGGAUUUGUGAAUCCGUACCCAAGUGUUAACCGACAAAUGGAGGGUCUCUCCAUCACUCACUGUUGACUAUAGAGGGACAGUCAGGGUGAAAUGUUUAUUUUCAUUGAAAAGUAUGUUAGAAGUAGGUUAAUCUCAGCUCUUCUGCAGCAAGAAGAAGUUUUUGUAAAAUGUUUAUGUGCUUUUCUAUUAUAUACUAUAAUACUCAUGCUUUUUAUAAAAAUUUAGUAUUGUAGAUUAUGAUUUAUUUUGAGCAAUUAUCCUUAUUCGUAUGUUACCAUUGUCAUUUAUGUCUUUUUAGAACUUUUUAUAUUCAGUUAACACUU